AUGGACCCCGAGUGCUCCCGGCUCCUCCCGGCUCUCUGUGCGGCCCUGGCGGACCCCGGGCAGCCCGUGGCGGACGACACCUGCCUGGAGAAGCUGCUGGACUGGUUUAAGUCCAUCACCGAAGCAGGGUCCAGCCUGCAGCUGCUGCGGGACAGCCCCUGCCUGGUGGAGCUGCUGCUGCAGGUGCCGCAGGCCCCGGGCCUGAGCCCCCGCGUGCUGGCCUUCGCGCUCCGCCUUGCGGGCCUGCUCGCCGCCCAGGAGGCCUGCUUCCAGUUCCUGCAGCAGGGGGAGCUGCUGCCCGGGCUCUUCGGGGAGGCGGGCCCCCUCGGCGGGGCGGCCUGGACGGCGCCCACGGUGCGCAGCGGCUGGAUCCAGGGCCUGCGCUCCCUGGCCCAGCACCCCGGCGCCCUGCCCUUCCUGGCCGAGCUCGGUGCCCUGGACACCGUGGUCGCCCUGCAGGGGGACUCCAGCCUGUUCGUGGCCUCGGCGGCCGGGCAGCUCCUGGCGCAUAUCCUGGGCCUGGCUCUGGGGGGCCAGGCCGAGGGCCCCCCCGGCCCCCCGGUGUGCGACUGGCCGGCCAGCGCGCAGGCGGUCGUGGGCCACCUCGAGGAGGCCCUGAGCUCCCCCGCGGCCCCGCGGGUCACGCAGGCCCUCCACGUGCUGACCACCACGCUCGGGCACUGCCACCGCCCGUGGACGCAGGUCCUGUGGGCGCGGCUGAGCCCCCUGGUGGCCCGUCUGCUCGAGAAGGACCCGGUGCCCGCCGCCCACUCGCUGGUGGACCUCCUCCUCAGCGUGGCCCGGUCCCCCGCGCUGAGCUCUGACCGCGGCUGGUGGGAGACGGCGGCGUGGGCACUGGGCCACCUCAGGCCCGCUCACGCCGGGCCCCUGGCUCUGGGGCUGCUGACCCUGCAGGACUGCCCUCAGGCCCUGAGCGCCCAGGCCUUCGCCGUCCUCCUCCAGCCCCUGGCCUGCGUCCUGAAGGCGACCGCACAGGCCCCCGCCCCCCCAGGCUGGCCGGCCAGGCCCGAGGGCGACCCGGCGGCGGCCACCCUCCUGUCCUCGCGGUCGGCCUGCGUGGGGCUCCUGUGCCAGACCCUGGCCCACCUGGAGCUGCUGCAGCCGCUGCCCCAGCGCCCCGCGCCCUGGCCCCAGGCGCCCCUGCUGGGGGCCGCGCUGACGGUCCUGCGGUUCUGCAAUGGCUCCGCGGUGCCCGCCCCCGGCUCCGACGUGGGCAGCCGCCUCUGUGCCGUCCUGGCCGGCUGCGCCCGCGUCCAGCGCGCCGCCCUCAGCCUCCUGGGGGCGCUGUCCGAGGACGCAGGGCCCCCAGAGCUGGUGACGCAGGUGUUUGCCGUCCUCCUGGACUACCUCCGGAGCCCCGACUCCAGCCCCACGGUGCUGAAGAAGGCCUUCCAGGCCACGCUGCAGUGGCUCCUGAGCACCCCCACGCCCCCCGGCGGCUGCGCCCCGGACCCCCCCGCCCAGCCAUUCCUUGGAGAGCUUCUCCCUGUGCUGCAGAGGCGCCUGUGCAGCCCCUGCUGGGAGGUGAGGGACUCGAGCCUCGAGUUCCUGACCCAGCUGGCCGGACACUGGGCAGGACAUGCCGGCUUCCGACACGCGCUCCUGGCGUCCGAGGUGCCUGAGCUCGCGCGGCAGCUCCUGCAGGACCCUGAGAGCUACGUCCGAGCCAGCGCGGUGACCGCCGUUGGCCAGCUGGCCAGCCGGGGGCUGCACGCCGGCCCCGAGCGCCCCGGAGGCCCGCAGAAGGGGGCGCUCCCGGAGCUGCUGGGCGUGCUGGCCGCCGACCCGGAGGGCUUCCCGCGCCGGGCGGCCAUGCAGGUCUUCACGCGCUGGCUGCGGGCCGGCCACGCCGAGGCCGCCGCGGACCCCGAGCGCUUCGUGGCCGGCGUGCUGCGGGCGGCCGGCCGGGACCUGGACUGGGAGGUGCGGGCGCAGGGCCUGGAGCUGGGCCGGGCGUUCCUGGAGCGGGUGCUGGGCCGGGCCGGCCCGCCCUGCCCCUACGCGGUGGCCGCCCCGGAGCCCGCCGCCCCGGAGCCCGCCGCCCAGGCCCUGCGCGCCGCCUGCCGCGUGCGGCUCCCCGAGUUCGCGCUGCGCGCCCUGUUCGACUGCGACCGGCCCGUGGCCCGUGAGGCCUGCGCCCUCCUCCUGCUGCUGCGGGACCAGGCCGCCCCCGGGCACGGCCUGCCGGAGGCGGGGCCCGCCGCGGCCCCCGUGGAGGCCGCCCUGCAGAGGUGGCGGGCGGGCGAGCAGGCCCAGCUCCUGGGGCCCCUGGAGCCCGAGGCCGUGCUGGCCGUGCUGCGCUCCCUGGACCUGGAGGGCCUGCGGGGGGCGCUGGCCGAGAGCAGCGACCACGUGGAGCGCAACCCCCAGUCGCUCCUGCAGGACAUGCUGGCCACCGCGGGCCUGCGGGGGGACAACGAGGCCGACUGCUACUGA